AACAUGAAUAUAUACUUUAAUAUCAUUCAGAUUACUAUUAUAAAAUGUAUAAUAAACUGUAUAGGAAUAGUUUCGGACAAUAGAUGAGUAUUUGGUAUAAUAGAUCAAUAAAGCGGCGGCACUCAGUGUUCCUUUGAGAACAACUCUAUGAUAUUUACAAAUGAAAUACCAUACAGCCUGUUCUGUUGGAGCUAGUAUUUUUCCUUCUCACUGUGAUGUGCUACCAGGAAUAUUAGGAAUUGGAUAAAAAGCAAAAACAAUUUUUUUCUGAAGAGAAUGUGGUAAGAUGAAAUCAGUCAUGCAAUACAUUGUUGCUUGGCUCUUUAUUCUACCAUGCAUAUUAUUAGAUAAAGGUGCGUUGUCAAUUGCAUGUGAGGGACUUCAGUCAUGUGACUGCAGGAGGGAACGUGAUUGGCUUCAAGACGGUUCUGACAGCUAUGGCGUUAUUGAAUGUGAAGGAGAUAUGGAUAUGACGUCAUUUAACUUCAGUUGGUAUAGUAAGAAAACUGACCUUCAGGAAAUUAUUUUUACAAAUACUAGCAUUCGUAGCAUUGGCAAAAACGUAUUCAAUGGAAUGAAGCAGAUCAAGACACUUAAAAUUCAAAACCAAACCAUAAAAAUACACGCCGAUGCAUUUGCUCCUCUAGGAGACAACCUGGAGCACGUUUCAUUGAUAAAUAUUAACAUCAGCCGUGACUGGAAACUGGAUUAUCUUAAACAUCUAGAAAAUCUUGAGACGCUUUAUCUAGACAAAAACGGACAAUAUCCUGAACACUUUCCGAAACAUGUAUUUAGAAAUAUAAGUUUGACAUCUCUUAAACAUUUAUCUUUGCGAUAUUGUAAAAUAGCAAUUAUGACCAGGGAAGGUUUAGAAGGACUGCCUAAUUUGGAAGUUUUAGAUUUGUCUCAUAACUAUCUUCCGACUGUCCCAGACGCCAUUAUACAGCUGAGAAAACUGCGAAAGCUUAAUUUGUCUUUCAACAAAAGGUUGAUCUAUGUUCAUGAUUAUGCCUUUAAACCAUUGAAAUAUCUUGAGGAAAUUGACAUUAGUAAUACUGACCUCAGCACUAUAUCGGAAUUUGCUUUCUAUGGUUUGGAAAAUAGCUUGACCAAUUUACAUUUGCAUCAUGCUCUAUUACAAGAUGGUCAUUUUCAUUCGAUGAAGGAGCUUAAGCGGUUGAAAUUUAUUGAUAUUUCUUACAAUAGAAUUGUAGAAAUACAUAACACGUCAUUUGAGGGGUUUGUUGCACUUGACGAGUUAGAUAUAAGUGGACAGUCUGAUAUAAAAGAUGGUGUUCCGUACAAACUGGGAUUCAUCGAUUCCGUUUUUAAAGGAGUCGAGAGGAAGCUGAAAAUCCUUCAUAUAAGAGACCUUGGGAUGGAUUCAUCCCUUCCACUUGGUGCUUUGAAGUCGCUUCAACGCUUAGAAACCUUAGACGCAUCAAUGAAUAAAUUUACCGAAAUAUAUGAGGAGUUCUUUUAUGGUAUUAAAGCAAAAAAUAUAUAUCUAACAGACAUGGAAAUUAGCAGCAUUUCAAAUUUUGCUUUUGAAAAUUUGCGACCAGGUGUUAGCAUAUAUUUUGAUAGAAACAAUGUUACAAAUAUCUCUUUUGUAUUAGACACUCCAAUUUGUCUUUUCAAGAAACUUUCGUUAACAGGAAAUCCAAUCACGUGUGAAUGUGAUGUUAUAGAAAUUGCAGCAACAAAUCGUGUUUCUGACAUUGUUGGUACUUGCGCUGACAAUUUUUACAGGGGAGAAAAUAUCAAAACUAUACAUGAGAUGGAUAUAGCAAAAGUCAACUGUGAUACGAAAGGAUAUAAGAAAAUUACCCAUUGCUCAUAUAUUAACAGUGCAGCUUGUACCUUAAUUAAUUUAUAUCUGUGUGUGACAUAUACCAUGUUUUCUAUGUUUUAUCUUUUUCUUUGAUUUUCAUUUGUAUUGCUAUUUUGCUAGAUCAUGUUUAUUACAUAAUUCAUUCUUUAUUAAAUUUAGUAAAACAUCAAAUUCUUCUAGUAAAUUCAUUAGCGAUAUGUGUGCGGUUUUCUUCAAACGGAUCCAUCCCAGUUUGCAAUAAACAUCAGAAUUACAUUUAGAUUAAAAUCAUAAAGCCGACUGAAACAAUAUCCAGAAGGUUAUGAUAGUCAUCUUUUUCGCAUACGAGAUAAAAGUUUGAUCCGUUUGUUUUCUAAUUUUGAAGGUUUGUUAUGAAUAAUAUCUCAAUUAAAAGACGGGGUCACUUAAACAUUUUUCAAUUGUUAUUUUCUGCUCUGGCUGGUAAACAUUUUGUUAACUAGCCUAGUGUUAUCAUGAGUGUGUACCCACAACAUGUUAUCAUUUUCCAAUAAUGUUUUGCGGAGCACCAUGUUAGAACUUACUAAUAAAUGAUGAAACAGAAGUAACUCAUGCGUGAAAUUAAACGUGAUUUUAUUUGGUACA